CGCCGCUACACUCUGGCUGGCGCGUUCCGAGCCGCUAGAGAGCCUCGACGAUGGAGAACAGUCAGCGCGCUGGUAUACCAUGCCCAACGAGCGCGCCGAUUUUCGGACGUGCUGUGGCGUGAGGCCUUCUCUUACCUAGGUAGACUAGACUAGCACGUUUGUAUGGUGAUUGUACCUCCAUUCUGCUCAGACACAAACACCGGCGAUGACAAGCACGCUGCAGGCGCGGCGAGCCCUUGUCCUGUAUGGUUCCGAAACAGGAAAUGCCCAGGACGUCGCGGAAGAGCUAGGAAAGAUCGCAGAACGGCUGCGUUUCGACACAGAAGUUGCCGAGCUGAAUGCUAUCAGUCUCAAGCAGCUAGUGCGGAACUCGGUCGUCCUGAUUGCCAUAUCUACGACCGGUCAAGGGGAUUUGCCUGCCAACAGCCAGACUUUCUGGAAAGCACUCCGUAGCGCCCGUCUUCGGCCGGGAUGUCUGCAACAGGUGAAGUUUGCCUCCUUCGGGCUCGGGGAUACUUCAUAUCCAAAGUUCAACUGGGCGCAUCGGAAGCUCUAUAACCGCCUCAUCCAGCUUGGGGCACAGCCGAUAUGCGAUCGAGGAGAAUCUGACGAGCAGCACCCAGAGGGCAUCGAUGGCUCUUUCCUUCCGUGGUCAACAAACCUCCGUCAACGCCUUCUCCAAGAAUAUCCACUACCCGACAGCCUCGAGCCGAUACCGGAUGAUGUUCUGCUAGAUCCGAAGUGGCUGCUUGACUUUGCGGAUGAAGCCCAACCACCGCAUCAAGACAUCAAUCAAAACGCCUUCCCUUCUUCGACUGUAAAUGAGGAGAUACCGGAUGUUGCACCCAACGACCUCCUGGACAUACCGGGCGGUCUCGUCGCGAAAGUCGUCUCCAAUCAAAGGAUCACUCCAACGUCGCACUGGCAAGAUGUCCGACAUCUCACCCUCAAGCUCGCUGGCACACACCCCUACAACCCUGGCGACGUCCUAACCAUCUAUCCGAAAAACUUUCCCUCGGACGUCAUCCAAUUCCUCGCGCUUAUGAACUGGACCUCUAUCGCUGAUAUCCCGCUCCACUUCGUUCCUUCCUUCCCGAGCACCUCUCCGCCCUCGCGCCUCCCUAUCACCUCCAUGUCCCCGAGUUCUACCAUAACCCUUCGAACGCUCUUGACGAACCAUCUCGACAUUAUGUCCAUCCCCCGCCGCUCCUUCUUCGCCCAUCUCGCGCACUUCACCACUGAUCCCUUCCAGCGCGACCGCCUCCUCGAAUUCACAAACCCAGAGUACAUCGACGAACUGUACGACUACACGACACGCCCACGCCGCAGCAUCCUCGAGGUACUUCAGGAAUUCGAGACUGUCAAAAUACCUUGGCAGCGCGUAUGCAGCGUCAUCCCUACCAUUCGCGGGCGCCAGUUUAGCAUUGCGAGUGCGAUGAGGCCGGAAGAGGACGGGACGAAGGUGGAGCUGCUGAUUGCGAUUGUGAAGUAUAAGACGGUGAUUAAGAGGAUUAGGCAGGGCGUGUGUACACGCUACGUUGCAUUGCUCAAACCAGGUCAGGAUAUCACGGUUACGCUUGCAAAAGGAGGUCUGGGCGUUACGAAGGCAGAGACUGCGAAACCGGUCGUCAUGGUCGGGCCUGGAACGGGCGUCGCGCCAAUGCGGGCGCUCAUUUAUCAGCGGAAGUACUGGCGUGAAGAAGACCAGAGUACCAGCACAAACGAGGCGUGCGCAAAAGACAUCCUCUUCUUCGGCUGCCGCAACGCGCAUUCAGACUACUUCUUUAAAGAUGAGUGGGAACAGCUAAAGAAGGAGGGCGUACCCCUCGACGUCCUCGCCGCUUUCUCCAGAGACCAGAGGCAGAAAGUCUAUGUCCAGGAUCUCGUCCGCCAGCAAAGUGUAUCCGUCUACGAUGCGCUUGCCAAGAGAGGAGGCAUCGUAUAUAUCUGUGGCUCCUCGGGUAAGAUGCCGCAAGCUGUGCGCGAGGCCUUGAUUGAAGCGUUCCAGACGCAUGGGAGCUUGAGUCGAGAAGACGCCGAGGCGUACUUGGUGGAUAUGGAGAAGACCGGGAGGUAUAAGCAGGAGACGUGGUAGAUGCGGCACCCGGAAUUCUCCUGUGUCGCAGGAAAAAUACCACUGGUGAUGGUGCACAGAACCACGCUGCGUAGCUGGCAUCCAAUCUACUUUUUGCAAUCAUGUAUUGCUCUUUCAAAAUCUAU